UCCUUUGGUUUUUUUUCGCACCCAUCAACCAUCAUUUGCUACCUUGUGUUUUCUUUUCUGCCUAAAAUUUAUUUUUUUAAUUAAUUUAUUAGGUUUUUUAAUUUAGUUUCUAUUGAAAAACAUGUUAAAAUUAAAUAGCAUUUUGCGCAGCACCUUAACUUCGCCAAACUGGCGUGGUUCGGUUACGUUUCUGCAUGUAGGCGAAGCAAACAUUCUGCCAACUGCUGUCGAAAAUUCAAAUGAAUUUAAGGAAAAUGCCGCCGAAAUGUCAAAUUUGGUUAAUGAACUGCGCAACAUAACGAGUGAAGUGUUGACGGGCGGUGGUCCAAAGGCCAUUGAACGACACACCUCCAGAGGUAAGUUGUUGGCACGUGAACGUAUCAACAGAUUGGUGGAUACGGGAUCACCAUUUUUGGAACUGAGCACUUUGGCUGGCUAUCAGUUGUAUGGUGAUGAGGUUGUAAAUUCGGGUGGUAUUAUUACCGGUGUAGGACGUGUUUGUGGAACUGAAUGUGUUAUUGUGGCCAACGAUGCCACCGUUAAAGGUGGUUCUUAUUAUCCCAUUACUGUUAAGAAACAUAUUAGAGCCCAGGAGGUGGCUCAGGAAAAUCGUUUGCCUUGCAUUUACUUGGUAGAUUCCGGUGGUGCCAAUUUACCACGUCAAGCUGAAGUAUUUCCCGAUAAAUUGCACUUUGGUCGCAUUUUCUACAAUCAGGCCAAUAUGUCCGCCAUGGGCAUUCCACAAAUUGCUGUUGUUAUGGGUAGUUGUACUGCUGGCGGUGCUUAUGUACCCGCUAUGGCUGAUGAAAGUAUCAUUGUCAAGAAACAAGGUACCAUUUUCUUGGCUGGUCCUCCUCUAGUCAAGGCUGCUACCGGUGAAGAGGUUUCGGCUGAAGAUUUAGGUGGUGCUGAUUUGCAUUGCAAGACUUCAGGUGUCACCGAUCAUUAUGCCGUCGACGAUGAACAUGCUCUCUAUUUGGCUCGACAAGUUGUUAGCAAUUUAAAUUUACCCACCACAAAUGCUUUCAAUGACCAAUUCCUAUACUCCAGCAAAAAGACCAUUAAGGCAGCAGAGGAUUCUUAUGUGCAGGAAGUGGAAGAACCUAAAUAUGACCCCAAGGAAUUGUAUGGUAUUGUGGGUCCCAACUUGACCAAGAGUUUUGAUGUGCGUGAAGUUAUUGCCCGUAUUGUGGAUGGCAGUCGUUUUACUGAAUUCAAGAAAAUGUAUGGUGAAUCAUUGGUUUGUGGUUUUGCCAAACUUUAUGGUCACAAGGUUGGUAUUGUGGGCAACAAUGGCGUAUUGUUUUCGGAAAGUGCCCUUAAGGGUGCCCAUUUCAUACAGUUAUGUGCCCAACGCAACAUACCUUUGGUGUUUUUACAAAAUAUUACCGGUUUUAUGGUGGGUCGUGAUGCUGAGGCCAAUGGUAUUGCUAAGAAUGGUGCUAAGAUGGUAACAGCUGUGGCCUGUGCUAAUGUACCCAAAUUCACCGUUAUCAUUGGUGGUUCUUAUGGUGCUGGCAACUAUGGUAUGUGCGGUCGUGCCUACUCUCCCCGCUUCUUGUACAUGUGGCCCAAUUCCCGUAUUUCAGUUAUGGGCGGCACUCAAGCAGCCAAUGUUUUGGCUCAAAUUACCGCCGAUCAACGUAAACGUGCUGGCAAAGAGUUCACCGAAGCUGAGGCCAAUAAAUUGCGUGCUCCCAUUAUUGAUAUGUUCGAAAAGGAAGGUUCUCCCUAUUUCAGUACCUCCCGUUUGUGGGAUGAUGGCAUUAUUGAUCCCGCUAAUACCCGUCAAGUUUUGGGUUUGAGUUUAAAGGCUGCCCUUAAUAAUCCCGGUAAUGGCACCAAAUUUGGUGUUUUCCGUAUGUAAUCUUAUACUUGCAUACAAAAACAAAAAAGAAAACAUUCUGCCGGAACAAAGUGCAUUUUUAUCAAUCAGGUUAUAAACUGUGUGUUAGUUUUUUUAAAAAAUUAAUUAGAUAAAUAUAAAUCUAGAGUGAAACUGUUGCAUUUAUUAGUUGUAAGUAAAUAAUUUGCUAUAUUUUUGUAAAAUAUAUAAAUAAACAUAUAUUUUUGUUUUGUGUAU